AUGAUUCAUUUUUAUCAUGAAAAUCUAUUUGAAUUAUCCAAUGAAAAUUUAACUGUUCAAUUUAAUUUAUCUAAUGGACAAAUAACAUCAUUUAAUUAUAAAUCCCAAUUAAUAACAAUAGAAAAUGAAACAAGUUUUAUUUUUAUCAAUAAUAUUCGAAUUGAUUGUUCAAAAUUAAUAAAUUUCAAAGAAGAUGUAAAUUCAAUUAAUUUUACUUAUUCUUGUUUAAAUGAAACAAAUUCUCAACUAACUAUAAUCUAUACAUUAAAAUUUCAAUGGGAAUUUCUACAAAUACAAAUUUAUUUUGAAAAUAUUGAUAAUAAAAACAUAACAUCAAUUGAAACAACAUUUACUCUGACGAAUAAAAUAAUUCCAUCUGUUUCGAUUAUUCGAAAUCGACAAGAUUUAAAUAAAGAACAUACUAUUUUCUUACGAACUAAAUUAAAUACAUUAGGAAUAUUUUCUACAUGGCAACAUCCAUUUGGUCAUUAUUCUAUUACAUCAAAUAAUCAAACAGUAAUAAGCUCAUAUCAAAUAGGAAUAAAUAGAUCUUUUUUAAGUGAAGGUUUUCUUAUUGGUUUUUAUCAAUUAUCUUCAUAUUGGCAUAAUAAUGAUAUUAAUUAUGCUGAAAGAGAAGCUUAUGAAAAAGCAACAAGUUUUUUCUAUCCUGUAUCACAACGUAAACAAUCAAUAAAACAUGCAGGUGGCUGGGAUAGUAAUGAUUAUCAAAUAGACAUCUCAACAUUACAUGAUAUUGAUCAAUAUAAACGUUUAAUUGAUCGUUGUGCACAACUUGGAAUAAAUAGUCUAACAUUUGCACCAUCAAAUACAAAUGUAUCAGAUCGUCAAGAGGCCACUGACGAUUGGGACUGGGAAUCUGUUUUAUGGUUAUCAUUAGGUGAGAAAAUUCGUUUAGAACAAUGGAAACCUUAUCAUGAUUCAAUACCUUUAACAAUUCAACAAAUGUUAGAUUAUGCACAAUUAAAACAAAUAAAAUUAGUUCCAUAUGUUUAUCCACCAUUAGGUUAUCGAUCGAAAGGAAAAGAUCAAGCUUGGCUAUUUCCAAGUUCACAUUGUAAAAAUGUUUGUGCAUCUCUAGCAAGUAUAGAAUUUCAACAAUAUUUUUUACAAUUAUUAAUUGAUUUUGCACAAAUUACAGAAUAUAGUCAAUGGCGUGGUUGGCAAUGGAUUCGUACCGAGUUAUUUGUUGCAUUACCAUAUUUAAUUAUGGAUCAUCGUUAUGCAUCACAAUAUGAUGGUCCUUGGUCAUGGAUUACUUUAAAUGGUUAUACAUCACCUUUAUUAAGUGAUGAAAAUCCUGAAACAUAUCCAAUAUUAUAUCCAUCUUUACAUACUGAUAAAAUAUCUGCAGAUUUUAUGCGUCAAGGAAAUGUGGAACUACGUUUGGAACAUUUCGCAUCAAUGAAUUGUAUUCUUGGUUUUAUUGGACAUCAAACAGAACGUUAUUCAUCCAAUGGAAGUUUACCAUGGAUAGAUAAUAAUUUAAGAGAUUUUGAUUUAAUGGGUUUUUCAUAUUCAUUAUUAUCGAAUAUAGCAACAGCUGGUUUAAAUCUUAUUCAUACAUAUAUACCAGCACGUGAUUUACAAGAAUUUUAUUUAUUACCUGAAAAUUUUUUAGAAUUUUGGUCUUAUUGGUUAAAAUAG